AUGCGCGAGGUGUUCACCGGAAGCUUCUUUGCCGUUGGCCUGAUUCUGGCGGUGUUCAUGCCCAUGACCGGAGCCUGGCGCUCCUUCAAGGUCAUCCUAACGAACGUUGACUUCGAGGCGAACGAUAAGAUCGUGGACCUCAGGGUGGAUCUGCAGAACGAGUCGGGAGACUCCAAGCUGAGCAUGGAAAUUAAGACUUUCGAGGAAAUAGAGGAUGUACAGCUGUCGGUAGACGUUGGCCUGGAGACGGACAAGGGGAACUAUUCCACCCUGAUCAACCGCACCCUCAACUUCUGCAAGCUGAUGAAGCAGCGCAACUCGGACCCGCUAUUGCGUGGCAUCUACGACGACCUGCUUAGGCACGGCAACCUCUUCAAGGACUGCCCUAUACGGCCUGGAACCUACAGCCUAACCAACUACAAGGUGGACGAGGAGAUGCUCCCUAGCUUUCUGCCUGAGACCAAAUUCCGGUUCAGCAUGGUGAUUUCGAAGCCCAAGGUCGGAUUGAUCGUACGGUCCAACAUCUACGGGCGCAUCGACAAGUCCAAGGGAUUCGACAACCUCAAGAGGUUCAGUCUCGGUUGA